CGUUUCCGCAAUUGCGAGUGUUCAUCUCUUCUCAAAAGAGUCUCUGUGAGGACCGGGUCAACAUUAGAACGUGACUGCCAGCUUUUUUUGUGAUCUUUUCAGUUCACGAAUAAUCGACUCAUAAAAACUAACAUUUCAUCGAGCGUCGCGUUGGUGGAGGCGGCACAGUCAUGUCGGAACAAGACAGUAACCCGUUCACGGAGUCGGAGCUCAGCAAUCCGUUUGAGGAGGACGGCGACGUCCGCCUCACUCGGAAUCGGAGGAGCGUGCGAGGCUGAUGCCAAGCGAGCGGGUGGGCAGGACGUUGGUGUUUGCGCUGAGUUUACGGAUGGCAACCAAGGACCCUUCGGUGACACUAGCAAGACAGACGGCAGCGGCGGGGGCAGUGGGAUUAGAAGAGUGCAAUCCCUUCACGGACUCCAAACAAGCGGACACGGGGAGCAAGCCCCCCGCGGCGGCGCCAGCCGUCCCGACGCAGCCCGCCGUCUUGAAGCACGGCGAGGAAGCUCCCGUCUCUUCGCAGCCUCGGGCUCAGGAAGCCACAGGGGGCGCAGGCGAGCUGCUUAAGAGGCAGGAAGAGCUGGAAAAGAAGGCGGCCGAGCUGGACCGGCGAGAGAGGGAGAUGCAGUCGCUCAGCGCUUCUGGAGGUAGGAGAAACAACUGGCCCCCGCUCCCGGAGAAGUUCCCGGUGGUCCCGUGUUUCUAUCAUGAUAUCACAGUGGACAUUCCCGUGGAGUACCAGAAGACGGUCAAGAUCAUGUACUACCUGUGGAUGUUCCACACGGGGACGCUGCUGGCCAACCUGGCGGGCUCGUUGGCGUGGUUCGGCGUGGACUCUUCCCGCGGCGCGGACUUGGGUCUGGCCUUCCUGUGGUUCAUGCUGUUCACGCCGUGCUCCUUCGUGUGCUGGUACCGCCCCGUCUACGGGGCCUUCAAGAGCGACAGCUCGUUCCGCUUCUUUCUCUUCUUCUUCGUGUACGUGUGCCAGCUGGGCGUGUACGUGAUGCAGAGCGUGGGCAUCCCGGGAUGGGGAGCCUGCGGCUGGAUCUCGGCGCUGAUGUGCCUCAACACCAGCGUGGCCGCGGGCGCCUUGAUGAUCCUGGUGGCGGCGCUGUUCACCGCUCUGGCCGUCAUGUCGCUGGUCAUGUUCAAGAAGGUGCACGCCAUGUACCGCACCACCGGCGCCAGCUUCCAGAAAGCCCAACAGGAGCUGGCCACGGGCGUCAUGGCCAACAAGACGGUGCAGGCGGCCGCCGCUUCCGGGGCGGCGCGGGGGGCCUUCAAGGAGCGCAUCUGAGCGGCAGGAUGGCGCCGGCGCGCUCCUCGGCGUCGGCGUGCCUCGACAUCUCGCCUCGCCACCUUUUAAAAAAAUCUUUGAAUGGCCCUGAAAACUUUGAAAAUAGCUUAACCCCCCUUUGCCAUUGCGAGCACUGCAUGGUGACCGUUUGAAGUCGAUUUCUUCCUCAACGGGGCGCUUGCACUUUAAACGUCUGCGGUCGGUGCGCCUUGACCUCACUUUGACUCAGGACGGCCCGCCGCCACUCUCAUUCGUCUUGUGAAUAUUGAGCCGACUUUUCUCGCGCUGACACGACUCGUUGGGAAGAAACGUCACUUUUUUUUCGACACUAAUUGAGAGCGCGCUUGCCUUAUACGCGACUCGCACAAAAAACAAAGACGUCAGGUCUCCACAUUUCAGCUGAUCAACAAGUGAGGAGGACCUUAAAUGGGUCUGAAUUUGGAAACAACACUCGGGAGUUUAAUUUUUUUCCCUCUUGUUUUGUUGCCGUUUGGAAUUGUGUUCAUUUCAAGAUGUCCUGAAACACUGAAAAAGUCAAAUCACACUGACAAUCAAAAUGUGCGGCUGAUUCAAAAGACAAAA